AUGGAGAAGAAGCAACCAAGCCGGUGGAUCCUCAGCCGGAGAAGUGGUCCGUCAGUAGACACACCCAAGUGUCCCCCACGGAUGCCUAUGGGAACCUGGAGUUCCAGGGUGGGGGACAUACCAAUAAGUCCAUGUAUAUCCGCGUGUCCUACGACACAAAGCCGGACGCACUGCUGCACCUCAUGGUGAAAGAUUGGCAGCUGGAACUCCCCAAACUGUUGAUCUCUGUCCAUGGGGGGCUGCAGAACUUCGAGAUGCAGCCCAAACUGAAGCAAGUGUUUGGGAAAGGCCUCAUCAAGGCCGCCAUGACAACCGGUGCUUGGAUCUUCACUGGAGGAGUCAGCACAGGUGUCAUUCGCCAUGUAGGAGAUGCCUUGAAGGAUCAUUCUUCCAAAUCUAGAGGGCGCAUCUGUGCCAUAGGAAUCGCCCCCUGGGGCAUCGUGGAGAACAAGGAGGAUCUGAUCGGGAGAGAUGUGACGAGAGUUUAUCAAACUAUGUCAAACCCACUAAGCAAACUCUCUGUGCUCAACAGUUCUCAUACGCAUUUUAUCCUCGCCGACAACGGCACCCUCGGCAAAUAUGGGGCAGAAGUGAAACUGAGGCGCCAGCUGGAAAAACACAUCUCACUCCAGAAAAUCAACACGCGGCUGGGGCAAGGUGUCCCUGUCGUCGGGCUGAUUGUCGAAGGGGGUCCCAAUGUGAUAUCGAUCGUCUUGGAAUGCCUGCGUGAAGAGCCGCCUCUCCCCGUUGUGGUCUGCGACGGCAGCGGGAGAGCAUCCGACAUCUUAUCGUUCGCGCACAACAUUAUCAGCGAAUCUCUGAGGGACCAGCUGCUUGUCACCAUCCAGAAAACCUUCAGCUACAGCCGGAAUCAAGCCCACCAGCUCUUUGUAAUCCUCAUGGAAUGUAUGAAAAAGAAAGAACUCAUCACGGUGUUCCGAAUGGGCUCUGAGGGGCAGCAAGAUAUUGAGAUGUCGAUCUUAACAGCUCUUCUUAAAGGUACAAAUGCAUCCGCACCAGAUCAGCUGAGCUUAGCAUUGGCCUGGAACCGUGUGGAUAUCGCCCGUAGCCAAAUCUUUGUCUUUGGUCAUCACUGGCCGCCCCUGGGAAGCCUCGCGGCUACGGACGGGUCCGGCCCAGAAAAGGAGAAGAAAUCUCCAGCGCCUCAAACAAAAGGAGCGCGGGGCAAAGGCAAAGGCAAGAAGAAAGGUGGGAAGCAGAAGGAAGAACCGGAGGAAGAGACGGAUCCGAGGAAGAUCGAGCUGCUCAACUGGGUCAAUUCCUUGGAGCAAGCCAUGCUGGAUGCACUUGUGCUGGAUCGGGUGGACUUCGUGAAGCUCCUCAUCGAGAAUGGAGUCAGCAUGCAGCGGUUCCUCACCAUCCCGCGCCUGGAAGAGCUUUAUAACACGAGACUGGGUCCACCAAACACCCUACAUCUUCUUGUCAGAGAUGUAAAAAAGGGAAACCUGCCGCCAGAUUACCACAUAAGCCUCAUUGACAUCGGCCUGGUGCUGGAAUACCUCAUGGGAGGGGCCUAUCGGUGCAAUUACACUCGGAAAAGCUUCCGCACGCUGUACAACAAUUUAUUUGGACCAAAAAGGCCUAAAGCUCUUAAGCUUCUAGGGAUGGAGGACGAUGAGCCCCCAAGCAAAGGGAAGAAGAAAAAGAAGAAGAAGGAGGAGGAGAUCGACAUCGAUGUGGAUGAUCCAGAGGUCAGCCGCUUCCAGUACCCGUUCCACGAGCUCAUGGUGUGGGCCGUGCUGAUGAAGCGGCAAAAGAUGGCGCUCUUCCUCUGGCAGCGUGGAGAAGAAACCAUGGCCAAGGCCCUGGUGGCCUGCAAGCUCUACAAAGCCAUGGCCCAUGAGUCCUCGGAGAGUGAGCUGGUGGACGACAUCUCCCAGGACCUGGACAACAACUCCAAAGAUUUUGGCCAACUGGCUGUGGAACUCCUGGAUCAGUCCUACAAGCACGAUGAGCAGGUGGCCAUGAAGCUCUUGACGUACGAACUGAAAAACUGGAGUAACUCCACCUGUUUGAAACUCGCCGUGGCUGCUAAACACCGGGAUUUCAUUGCGCACACGUGCAGCCAGAUGCUGCUGACUGACAUGUGGAUGGGGAGGUUGCGCAUGCGGAAGAACCCGGGCCUUAAGGUUAUCAUGGGGAUCCUGUUUCCUCCCACCAUCCUGUUCCUGGAGUUCCGCACCCAGGAUGACUAUUCCUAUCAAACAUCCAAGGAAAAUGAAGUCGGCAAAGAAAAAGAGGAAGAAAAUGCGGAUGCAAAUGCCGACACCAGUUCCCGAAAGGGCGAUGAGGAGGACGGGAACAAAAAGCAGCGCAGCCUUCCCAUUGGAACAAAGAUCUACGAGUUCUAUAAUGCGCCCAUCGUGAAGUUCUGGUUUUACACAAUUUCCUACCUGGGCUACUUAAUGCUCUUUAAUUAUAUCAUCCUGGUGCGGAUGAAGCGCUGGCCCUCCAUCCAGGAAUGGGUUGUCAUCUCGUACAUAGUCACCCUGGCUUUGGAGAAAGUAAGAGAGAUUUUGAUGUCUGAGCCAGGCAAACUCAGCCAGAAGAUUAAAGUGUGGCUGCAGGAAUAUUGGAACAUCACCGACUUGGUCGCCAUCUCUGUCUUCAUGAUCGGGGCCGUUCUCCGAUUGCAAAACCAGCCUUACAUGGGCUACGGAAGAGUGAUCUACUGUGUGGAUAUUAUUUUCUGGUACAUCCGAGUGCUGGACAUCUUCGGGGUGAACAAAUACUUGGGACCCUACGUCAUGAUGAUUGGGAAGAUGAUGAUUGAUAUGCUGUACUUUGUGGUGAUUAUGCUGGUGGUGCUGAUGAGCUUUGGAGUUGCGCGCCAGGCCAUCCUGCAUCCCGACGAGGAGCCGUCCUGGCGGCUGGCCCGGAACAUCUUCUACGUGCCCUACUGGAUGAUCUACGGAGAGGUCUUUGCAGACCAGAUAGACCUCUAUGCCAUGGAAAUUAAUCCUCCUUGCGGGGACAACCUCUACGACGAAGACGGGAAGCGGCUGCCUCCGUGCAUCCCCGGGGCCUGGCUGACGCCCGCCAUCAUGGCCUGCUACCUGCUGGUGGCCAACAUCCUGCUGGUCAACCUGCUGAUCGCCGUCUUCAACAACACCUUCUUCGAAGUCAAGUCCAUCUCCAACCAAGUCUGGAAGUUCCAGCGGUACCAGCUGAUCAUGACCUUCCACGACCGGCCGGUGCUUCCCCCGCCCAUGAUCAUCUUCAGCCACCUGUACAUCAUCAUCGUCCGCCUCUGCUGCCACUGCAAGAAGCGAAGAGAAGGCGACCAAGAUGAGCGAGACCGAGGGCUGAAGCUCUUUCUAAAUGAGGAGGAGUUGAAAAAACUGUACGAAUUCGAGGAACAAUGUGUGGAGGAAUAUUUCCGAGAAAAAGAAGAUGAAGAGCAAUCAUCUAACGAUGAACGGAUCAGGGUUACUUCUGAAAGAGUUGAGAAUAUGGCUAUGAGAUUAGAAGAAGUGAACGAAAGGGAACAUUUCAUGAAAGCCUCUCUUCAGACGGUUGACCUUCGACUUUCACAGUUGGAAGAGCUUUCUGGCCGAAUGGUGAAUGCACUGGAGAAAUUGGCGGGGAUAGACAAAGCGGAGGUCACGCACACCCGCUCUCGGGCAUCCUCGGAAUGCGAUGCCGCCUACCUCCUCCGGCAAAGCAGUGUGAAUAGUUCGGACGGAUACAGCAUGUACCGGUUCCAUGGCGAUGAGGCCGGCUACGACGAGGUGCCCACCCCAAUGUCCCCAGCCUUGGCGUUGCGCAAGGCAGACUCCAAGUUGCAGCUGGCCCCAGAACGCCAGGGGAGUCUCCGUUCGGCCACCGGAGCAAAUGCGGCCGCCUCUUCCGAUCACAGUAAGAAUACUUUAAACAUCGCACAGGCUGUUUCGAGGCCGCACUCUGGCCCAGAAGACGGGAAGGAGCACUGCAGGAGUGAAGACACAACAUCCCAAGUCGUCAGUCCAACAGAGAAGGUCGUGAACGGGCAGAGCAGAAUCCAAGUAGACCUUCAGAAUGCACACUUAGCCUUGGAAAGGACUAAGUUGGAGGCCACCAUCUCCUACCCCUUGGACAAACCGAGAGCGAUGAAGUACUAUCCCCCCGAAACACUGGGUGCAUCUCAAGCCACCAUGAUGAAGUCAAGGAGCUAUAUAUUUGCGCAGGGUGGAAAGGUGCUUGGAGGCAUCAACAACUGGACCGUUCUGGACCCAGGCUACAAGAGCAUCACGGACCAAGUGUGUCCUUCCACAAUCGAGCAGUGGACUGCCGAGUGGCGGUACGAAAUUCAGCAGAAGCUGGCCAGUGAGCCCCCUCCCGAAUACCCCGGCAUUGUGUCGGAGGCCGAGAUGCAAGCCGAGCGGAAGCAGCUCCUGACCGACACGGAAGAGGACAGCGAUGUUGGAGAAGUAACCGGGCUCAGUGCCUCCCAUCCUUCUUCUCCUGUGACGAAAAGGAUGGACACAGACAACCAGCUGAUUCUGGCCUCCAGCAGGAAUGGCGGAUUUCCUUCUGUGCGAUCCAAAAGUUUACACGGCCACUCUCGGAAGCCCAGAUCCGUUAAGGACAAGCUUCGCUGUCCAGGGCAUGCCCGCAGCGUCAGCAGCUUAGCGGUAGCUGAUGGGACGCCGACAGAUGAGCAAAAGACAAAUAAAGAGAAUGCCUCCACGGAGACGGAAUGCUAGCAUGGCCUUUUCUCACCACUUGGCGGUGGGGGACAAGCAGCUGGCUUGCUGGGCUCAGUCAGGACAGCGCUGAUUGAAAACCCACUGGCAUCCGUCCCUCAGAGCCAGCCUGCGCUGGGGGGGUUUGCCGUGUGGCAGGAACACAGGGCACCUGUCGGGUGCAAUCCCGCUCCAGGCAGUACCUGGGGUGACAUGGGCUGGGCGAGUCCAAAUCAAACCAUGUGCAAGACAGUUUCUCUUCCUCUCGAUGUUGUAGAAGAGACUAGCUCUGAAUGACGAUUCAUUCCGGGGGUCGGAUCUUCUUGAUCCCAAAUCGGCUUCCUAAAGCGGAGGGUCUUGUGUGUCGGUGGUCGGGGGGCAACACAGUUCACAGACUUUGGGUGCAUGCUGCAGAAUUACAUUGUGGAGAGGCCAAUAUGUGGCACAUGUAAAAAGUGUUGUCAUCAUCCCUCCUGCCUGAGGCAACUGUGGGUCUCACAGUGUUUGGACAGCCAGCUCCUCGGUGUGAGAGCCCCACAGUAACAUUGGAAAUGCAGAAUCCCUUGUGUAACUUGUGGGGAGGAGCAAGAUGUCCCAACUCAUCUAUAAAACAACCCUGUUUUUGUACCAUCCUUCCUGACCUUGCCAGCCGAUCUUGGAUCAGUUGGCAAUCCAGCAGAGAUCUGGAAUUUGGGUAUCGGGGUGUACAUUGAUUAAAUGUGUUUGGCACUCAACAACCAUCUUCCAUUUGAGAGCAAGCUAUUAUUUUCUCAUGGUUGCUGAUUCACACCGCUGAUUUUGAGGUGGGAAUAUUACCAGAAGGGUCCCCCCCCCACACACACACUCUCUACAGGCCAAACUGUGUGACAGGUUUUAUGCAUAACAAUUUCCUUUCAAGACGUGUAGCAAUUUUUGAUCUUUACCUUUGAGGAUAUUCACCCACGUCCAAUAUUAGAAUGCCAAUCUGUGCUUAAUGCCCUCAGUUUAAAGCAGGGGUGCUUUUCAGCGACACCAAAGCAAAAGGAAGAGAAGAAUGGGAAUAGGAGACAUUUGUUAAGACUUGAAUAUUAUGUUCAGCUAUGGCCCAAUGGAUCCCCUUACAUAGAAAAGCUUUUUGCUGAAGGUCAAUCCAUGUCGGAGAAGUGACAGAGGGAAGGGAUGGCUAACCCACUUCUGCCGCAAUUUGUAACCUCCUCAACUUUUUUCCAAAUGUUUUGCCCUUGGAAACCCACAUUUCCAAGGGACUCUGUGAAGGGGAAAAGCCACGAGGAGAGAGAUUGGAAGCGGGGAAGUUUCAGGACACUCUUUAUGUGCCGCUUCGCUGGGUAAACAGAAAUGUAAUGUCCUGCAUCUCUCUAUGGCCUUUGAAUUCUGUUUUAGGGUACACUAAAGGUGGUGCUGUGGUAUCUUUGGGGUACAAUGAGUCUAGAAGUCACACUAGUGCAGCCCUUUAAAUGGAAAUAUUUAAUCCAAGAGUUGUUUGAGGGGCUUUCGAGCAGUUGUUAUGGGGAAGGCCUAAGUGGAAGUGCAGUUUGACUUACGAAAAUAAACACACCUCGGUUAUAAAUCCUGCUGAGGAAAAGGCAGAGAUGAACGGCUGUGUUAGAAUUUGAUUUGCAAGUCAGGUACUGGAAUUUCUGAUGGAAAGCUGGAACCUUGAAUAGGAACCUAGGAUGAAUCUGAACAUGUGUGUUCUCCCCACUCCCGCUUGCUUCCAUGACCUCUGGCUUGUUCACACAUAAGUGUCUAUUAUUUUAUUUAUUUAUUUAUUUGGGUAAUUUUUUUACCCAGUCCAAUACCCAGUGGGUCUCGGGACGGCUUACAAUUCAAAUCCCAUAAAUACAUAGAUAACCAAAUAAUACAAUACAACUGAUCCACAGACUGCGCAUAAAAGCAUAGUUAACAUUAAAAGUAUGGAAGAAGAAUAAGGCCUUGACCUGGUGCCGAAAGGCAUAUAAUGGCUGCAGGCAGACCUCUCUGGGGAGCGCAUUCCAUGCGCCGCAUUGCAUGCCAGAGCAGCCAGGCUGCCCAUCUUCCAUAAACUGCUUGCAAACUUUCCUGUCUGGGUUUCAAAUGCUGGAGGACACCUGAUCGCUAAACCGCAUUAUUCUAUAACCAAAAUUUGUGCACAGCCUUCUGUUCUUAGUGAUUUCGUUUCCGUCCUUUCCACAAGGGUGCUCCCCCCCACCCCACCCCCAGCCAAGUUUGUUUUUCCUUUAAACCACCCAGCCAAUAGAUGACUUCAGUGGGAAAAGAUUUCACCUAAUUGGAAUGAAAAAGUUAAUUUUUCACAGCACACUGGUCAAAGGUUUAUGCCAAACUCCUGGGACUCCACAGGCAGUAGUAUGUGAAGUGAGUGCCAUUCUGAUUUCAUUAUGGGCUCGUAUGCAACGGAUUUAGUGGGACAAGAGGCCGUUUGCCUCCUUUCCAACAUCAUCAUCCUGUUUUAAUUUUGUUAAAAGGGUUAAAACAGACAUAAUGACCUUGCUGUUUAACCUUUGCAUUAGAAACAGUCUUUUACCAUAUAAUGGUCUUACAGCUGGAGCCAGAGAAGUGGCUGUGACGUUCUCUUGGUUACUCCAUUGUGGAGUAAUGGAGUAAGGUCCUGGGUUUUCCUACUCCUAGCACCUUGAGGCUCAUAGCGCAUGAAAAACAUGCUUAGGCAAGGAGAGAAGUCAUUCUGCAAACUCUGUCCCAGGAUGUCCGGCAGAAAAGAGCAAACUGGUAAGAACUGUGGCCAGUAAUGCAUUCCUUGACCUUAUUAGCAUGUGUCCAAGAUGGCAGCCAGGAGUUGGCUAACCACAGGGCUAUUUGUUAUUUUUUGAAGAUCUGGCUUUGCUUGACACUUGUUUUAGUCAUCUCAGAAUUCAAGAUGUGACUGGAACAACUUGGAGUGCAAUUUGAUAGCAUUGCUCUUCCAAGUUUGCUUCUGUGCAAGUUUUAUGCAAAUGCAUGGUUUUGUGUUCCUAGUUAUAUUGGUUUUAAUAUGCAGAUGCCUUGCAUUGUUUGCCUACAUCCCAUCAGUGAAAGAACACUGCCAGUUCCUAGCAAAUCCGGGGGUGAUACAAUGCAGAAAACAGCAUGCUGUUAUCACAAGGAGUGGUUUAUUAAUACAGCCUUCAACCUUUUCCUUCUAGAAUUUCAGUGCGUAACUUUCAUCCCAUGACUCAAUCCAUGAAUGAUGUGGAACUCUUAAAUGAUACAUUUUCUUCACUUUGUACUGCUUGACUUUUUUGCACGGCAAAAGAUUGCACCUAAACAUGUG